UAUCGGGCCGCCCUGCCAUGAUAAGGGUUGACCCUAUCAUGCCGGCCCGAAGUCGAUUAGACAUGCCAGAUACGUACCCUUGUACAUACGAGAUGCGAUAUGAGCUAAACUGCUACACUAAUGACAGGAUGCAAUAUCGGCGCUAUCGCAACAUGUCCGAGGUCAGGCGUGACCAGAUAAAUAUAGGAUGAAUGCCCCUGCACCAUUGGCAUUCACACCAAGCGACUUGUCUCUACAGAGUACUCCUACAAUCAAACCAAGAUGUCUACCCCGCGCCGCCCUCCCCCCGCAUACUCUGCACCUCCGGAAUCGUCGGUCUUUGCAACCUCUCAGCUAUACAGAACUAUCUCCGAGACAGCCUCUGAUGCGUCCGCCCGUGAGCUGAAUUCAUCGUUCACCAUCCGUCCCUGCUCCGGCCAGGCAUGGAUCGUCACAGCCGGCCAUGUUUGUCGAUUAACCACUCCGCUUGGACCCCAGGUUGGCGAUCUGAACAUCUGGAAUGCAAAGAAUCCCCGUGAACGACUCUGGGCUGCUCGUACGCGUCAGAUUCAUGCAUCGCACGUCUCUGUCGGUGACAGGCUUUGGUCGAAUUUGCCAUACUUGCGACCUCUGGUGUCGAUCACUGGUGAUUCGCUGGGAGGUGGGCAGCUGCAUGAGGUGCUAGAUUCGGAAGGGAAGCGGAAGUCAGGUGUAGGAUUCGGAACAUCACAAUGGGGAGGAAGGGUUCAUGAUCUUUUGGGCACUAGAUGUGAUCCGUACGUCAACUUGCUUAUGGGCGGAGAGACGUUUGAUUUCCAUUGCCAUUCGAAUCUUACCCGUGCGGUAGUGCCGUACGGGUUGACGGAAUUGGAUGUGCAUGAUGUUUUGAACGUCUUCCAAGUGACUGGGCUAGAUGAGGAUGCCAAGUACUUCAUGGAGACUUCACCUGCAAAGCCAGGGGAGUAUUUCGAAUUCUUUGCAGAAGUGGAUGUGCUCUGUGCACUUUCCGCUUGUCCCGGUGGCGAUCUUUCCAACUGGGGCUGGGAUGACAAAGAAGGAGACAUGGGUGCAACCACUCGUCCCCUUGGUGUAGAGAUCUACCAGCUACGCGACUCCAAGGUCCUGGAGAGGUGGAAGGAGCCGGAGAGUCCGAAAUACGCCGGAAUGCAUGGACUGCGAAUGCCCCCUAGACCGGAUGACGGAACAGGCUAUGUUGGACAGUAGAUUCUGCAGUGUUGCAAUACAAAUACGGUAUUUUAUUGUUGACUGCUAAACCUUUGAAGUAAGUGUACGGC